CGUCCAAUGGGAUGGGACCAAUGGCGGCGGGCGAGCUGCGGGCCGCGCUGAGUUCCCGGCGCGGUUUCUGACGGGGCCGUGGCCGGCAGCGAGCGCGCCACCCGGGCGGCCGCCGGUCUCGGGAGCGAGCGUCCCGGGGGAACGGUCGGUGAUGAGCGCGGCCCCACGAAUAACAUUAUUCUCCAAUGGAUGUCUCUGAUAGUCCUGAUCGUGACCCCCGUUCCCCAGAGGACCAGCUCUCUGAUGAUGAUGACGAUGACUUAUUGCUUGAGGGAGGUCAUGAAAAUGAUGAAGAGGAUGAUAUAGACAAACAUUCGGACAAUGAGGGAGAAGGUGUAGAUUCUGAGGACAAUGACCAUUGCAGUGAUGCAGAGAUUCACAGUUUAGGUGAACCUGACAAUGAUGGGGAAACUCAUGAAUCGGAGGUGGAAGAGGAGGAGGAAAAGUUGAGGGAGGAAGGUGAUUACAGUGAAGAAAGUGGAAAUGACGGUGAUAAUGAGGAGCGACCUAACGCAGAAUCUGACCGUGAUAAUAUUGCAAGUCCAAAAAGAACUUGUAGUGCUGAGCGAACUGAAAAAGGCACCUCUGAGAAACAGGAUUUGCAAGUCGAUGAGGAAGCUGCAAAUGAUUCCAAGGAUGAAGCAUCUUCUGUCAUCAGGGACCUGGAUGAACAUGAGCUGGACUAUGAUGAGGAGGUUCCUGAAGAACAGCCAGGGGCUGUAACAGAAGACAGUGAGAAACAAAGCACCGAGGAGAAAAGCAGCGACUCGCCAAAGGAGGGAGAAAUUGAAAAAAGUCAACCUGAGGAGAGAAAGUCUGAACGAGACAGAAAAGAUACAUUUCGUGAGAGGAAAAAGGAUGAAGAUGAUGGGGAGCUGGAUGAAGGAGAAGUUGAGGAUGAUGACCUUGAGGAAGGUGAAGUGAAAGAUCCCAAUGAGAGGAAAGUCCGGCCAAAGCCUAUCUGCAGAUUCUACAUUAAAGGUAACUGCACUUGGGGAAAUAAUUGUCGGUUUAUCCAUCCGGGAAUUAAUGACAAAGGAAACUACUCAUUGAUAGCCAAACCAGAUCCUUUCUCACCAAAUGGAGGACACCACCUGGGACCUCACCCAUUGAUGCAGGCGAAUCCUUGGGAAACGCAUGUCCUGGGAGCUCCAGUAAUUGAAGAAUUGAUGCCACCUAUUCCAUUGGAGCCUCCAGCAGAGAGUGCGUGGGAGAGAGGCCUGCGACAUGCAAAAGAGAUGUUGAAGAAGGCUACCAUCAGAAAGGAACAGGAGCCAGACUUUGAGGAGAAGCGAUUCAAUGUCACCAUUGGAGAUGAUGAUUUUGACAAAGAAAAUGAUUUUUAUCGAGACUGGAAUUAUCGUGUUGCAAGAGACAUCAGAGAGCCAGGACCUGAUCCCUAUAUAACUCCCUACUAUGAGCAUGAAGUUGAACGAUAUUGGCGUGGUGGGCAAUAUGAGAACUUCAGGGUCCAGUGGACAGAGGCAGACUAUCAUUAUAGGGAAAGGGAGAGGGAAAGGGAGAGAGAAAGGGAACGCGAAAGAGAGCGAGACAGACAUCGAGAACAGCGUGAGAGGGAGAGAGAAAGGGAAAGAGAACGAGGAAACAGGAUACGAGAGCGAGAGCGGGACAGAGAGCGCGAACGUGACAAAGAGCGGCAACGAAGAAAAGAGGAGUGGGAACGAGAGCGAGCAAAGCGAGAAGAAAAAGAGAGAGCACAAAAAGACAGAGAACGAGAGAAAGAGAAACCAAAGCAGAGAUCCCCACCUCCAGCAAGCCGACAGGUAGAAGCACCCAAGAAAGAAACUGUUCCAACGACUACAGUGAAACGGGCAGACGAAUGGAAAGACCCCUGGCGCCGAUCCAAGUCACCCAAAAAAAAGGCCAGUUUCGACGCAUCACCAGGGCGUGGGCGCAAGCGACGAAGAACAUCUGGUUCAUCCGUUUCAGUCUCUGGCUCAUCGAGGUCUUCAUCUCGUUCUUCUUCAUAUUCAGGAUCUGGGUCAUCCAGGUCACGGUCAAGGUCACAUUCGAGAUCAUCUUCUUACAGCUCGUAUUCCAGCCAUUCCUCCAGGCAUAGCUCUUAUUCUGGCAGCAGAUCAAGGUCACGAUCAUUCUCAUCUUCACCUUCCCCAACUCCAUCUCCAACGCGAGCAAAAGAUGUUGCAGGAGCAAAGACCAAAGGAGGGGCAGGUGGUGGUGGCGGAAUGGGUGAUGCUCCAGUGCCCACUGGAAAAAGUGAUAAAUCUGUGAAAAAACUGCCAUCACCACAGCCUUCAGGACAGUCUGCAGGAGCAAAGGUUGCAAAGGCUGGUGCAGAGAGUGCUAAGCCUGCCGAGAACAGAGAGGGGAGGAAGAAGGAACGGCAGCCCCGUACGCCACCCAGGAGCAGGCAGACCGCAAGUGGGAGCGGUAGUGAUAGUGGCAGCAGCUACAGUGGGUCAAGUUCGCGGUCGCAUUCUCGUUCUGUGUCUCGGUCAACAUCAGCGUCUGGCUCUCGAUCUGCAUCGGGUUCCCACCGAUCCAGAUCCCUCAGUGUGAGCAGUGUGUCAUCCGUGUCAAGUGCAUCGUCAAGCAGCAGCUCUGUAAGAAGUGCUGACUCUGAGAACAUGUAUGCAGAUUUAGCCAGUCCUGUGUCCUCUGCAAGCUCCAGAUCACAAGCCCCUACUCAGCAGCAGAAGCAGAAGGAAAAAGUGAAACCCAAGAAGGAGGAGACACCAAGGGAGAAGGAACGUGAAGAGAGGCGAAAACGUGAGAUUCCACCACAGCCACAGAAGACUUCUGCACCAAAACCAGCCCAGAUCAGCAAACCCCCACAGCUUGUCUACAGCGCACACAAGGAUAUCAAACUGACCCUGCUAAACAAGCCUGCGGACAAGGGUACUCGGAAAAGGUACGAGCCUUCUGAUAAAGAGAGGCCAUCCUCUCCACCUUCCAAACGGGUCACCCUGUCUCCAGAAAGAGGACAUCGUGAGCGGAAGCCAUUUGGGAGACCACCAUCACCAAAGGGUGAUCGUCAGAGUACCCGAGUGCCACCGAUGGUGAGAUCCUCUCCUGCCCAAGCAGACAGAAAACGGGCUCCAUCACCCCAGUCAAAGGUCUCAAGCAAAGUGACCAGUGUGUCUUCAAGCUCCAAGUCUCACGACAUCGCAGCCCCUACCACCACUGCAUCCUCUGCAAAGUCCAGUAAAUCCAACACGUUAUCCCGCAGAGAGGAACUGCUGAAACAGCUGAAAGCUGUAGAGGAUGCCAUUGCCCGGAAACGAGCGAAGAUCCCUGGCAAGGUCCAGUAGUUGUGAACCUACCGACGCAGGACUGUGGUCUUUCGGUUAGAGACAGCUGUCAGUAUUUUCAGUGAUUAAAUCUGUGAUUUAUUUCAGGAAGCAGCCAUGUUGGGGGGGGCUCCUUGAGUACCUCACUGCCAUCUUCCCAACCUUCUGAUGUCCCAGUUGGGGGUGCUGGCUGCAGUGUAGCUGCAGAGGUAUCAUCAUUCUGUUCCUCCUCAAACUGGAAGAUGCUGCAGACUGUGAACCCAGUAACGCAUUUAACACAAACUGAUGUUGCAGUGGCAUUCUGUUCAACCUAAGCAGUCAGUGACUGGACUUGAACUCGUGGAACCUGACCCUAGAGAAGCCACACCUUUUACACUUUAGAAGUUCUUAGUGUGUGUGUGUUGUCUGAAGGACUUCCUCACAUUUACAUACCGUGUUUCCAGAGAGCAGGUGAAUGUGCUGUCAAACGCUGCUUUCUCUUUCUUCAACCCCCACCGACACAUCCAUUUUUUGGGUAAAAUUGUUCUUCUGGCUUCCCAAAUAAAUAUUCAUUCUUUUAUUUUACACUUUUCAGAUUUUUUUAAUGUCAUACACAGACCCUAUUGUUUAAGUUGAAAUGUGCAGGUUGAAGUCUUGGACCUCUUUCAAAAGAUCAUUCGGUUAACACACACAGCUGAGGGAUUGUGGUAAAGCAGGUUUUUAUGUGUUUAUAACAUCUGGUGAAGUUGUGAGGACAGAGUGUUCGCAUUGAGCGGGGAGAUAAAUGUUCAGGAUUGACUUUUUUUUACAUGACUUUAAUAAAGGAUUUACUAGUUGUAAAGAUUCGGAACAGUUUUGAUUAGCAAACUAGCCUUAAAAUAAUGGAAUUGAUUCUGUGUCAACACUUGCACUUUGAGAUUUGCUGCACAGGUCUGUCAGCUGUUGAGAGAUGCCAGAUUUCACUUGUUGCUGUGUGAAACAGGAGACAUGUCAAGUUGCAUCAGCCCCCAGAUUACGCAGCUGUACUUCCUCAGCUUGCACCUGAAGGAGUUCAGCCACUUGCCAUCGCUGCCAGUCAUUCUGAAACAUGGGAUAUUCCUCAAGCUCUCUCAGCUUCACCCACUCCCUCUCCCUCUCCUAAAGCCUCUGACUCUACAGCCUACAUACCCUGGGGUCAAGUGAAGGUGUUACUCAGUUGGUGCACAGUGACCAUCUGACUUCUAACCAGCUGACACCAGAACCUGAAACCUUCAGCAUCCUGGUCCCCAGCCAGGCAGUUCUAUGGAUGCACAUCCUUUCAUCGUUUUGUUGUUCUAUCUUAAUUAUAAACCUCACUUGUUUAUUGUGAAUCAUUUUCAUCAAGUCAAGAGCAAACCUGGGGCUGUUUACUAGCUGGAGUUAACCCUGCACUCACUGAGAAUUUUUCUCAGUCCUCAAACACACAUCAGCCCUCUGGCCUCUCACCUGGAAAAAUAUUCAUUAACAUUUCUGGUAAUAUUCCAAAGUAUGAUAUUGUUGGAGAAAACUGCAGAAAAUCAUUUUCAUUCAUAAAAAUUCUUAGCGUGAACAGUGUAGGCUGGAAUCCUGCUCCUGGGUCACCAGAGGAACAUAGAAUGGAUAGAUUGAAGCCAGGUUUUAGCAACUUUAGACCAAGCCACUUUGCAAUGUGACAGUUAACCACUGUCAUCUGUACCUUUAAUUAAGGAGUGACCUCUGUAAACAUCCCACAUGCAUUUCUAGAUUUUUCAGGUUCAAAACCAUCCUCAGUCAUUCUUGUUCCACAUUUACAUCAGCCAUUGUUGUCAGACAUGGUUGUUUACACAUCCAGUGGUUGGGUCCAAGCAGUACUAAUCUGAGUUACCUCCACAACCAGUACAUCUAGCCAGCCCCAGAGCACCUCACCUGUGGCAGAGCAAGGUAACUGUCAGGUGAGUAGCAGUCUGUAAAUUCACUUGUACCAGCUCCAGGAACUGCAUUGAUUACUUGCUUUCUGACAAGCAGGAGCACUUUACAAAUCCAGACAACAAAGGGCUCAGGCUCAGGACCACAGUCUUCAGGGUAUCUCUGAUUAGUCAUGUUGGGUUACCUUUAUAACUGCCAUACAGUCGCUCUGCCAAGCUGGACAAGGGACGAUGCUCAAGCACCAAGUGUCAGCAUUGCAGUGUAAACUGUGUAACCCUGCAGUACUGGGCACAAUAAUACAUUGCAUCACAGUCUUUACAUGACUCUGUGCUUAUGACUAAAGGUUUUAUAUGUGGGCAUCUGCACUGGGUUUAGCGAAUCAAGGUUCUUUAGCAGCUCUGGGAACUGGCUUCUGUCUGUGACGUGAGUGAGACGAGCAGCAUUUGGGCUGUCUGUCCUGCAAUCACACCGGGGGGGGUUAAUCAGCUUCAGUGCAGCAUCUGAAUCACUGCUGCUGUGUGUCACUUCAUCCCCUCAGUCCCACACCACUGCACUGUCCGCAUAAUGAUUCCCCAAUGCUGCAUCCUCCACCCCAGCCAAGCUGUGUCUGAAUAACCAUCUUUUCCACCUUACGUCCCUAUCUAAUGCCCCUGAACAACAGCCUAUUCUCCAACCCCUCCUGGAUUGUUUGGGUAACAGCACACCAUUCAUCCUGCAGUGUCAAAGUAAUAGACCAUCAACCCUUGUAGUGUCCCAGCUCGCAAGCCACUUUAUUUUACAUGUGCAGGAAAUGACGGCCAAAGACCAACUCUUAGCACACUGUAGGUUAAACCCAUUUCCUGAGGGAGAGGCUCCCACACCUUGCAUUCUUCUCUUCACCUGUAAGAAGGUGUUUUGACAACAAGUGUCAUAUUACAGGAAUCUUGCAAUCUUGGUAGCUAGGUUGAAGAAUGCUGGCUUCACAACUGCUGAAGGUGAUGAGCGAAUUGGAAUGACAUAGAAGUUGCCGUCCAAGGUCUGGCAUCACCUGUGGAUCUCACAGGUCACGCCUCAUUUGUUUCCUGACUGUUUGAUAUUUCACAAUAGUUCAGAGUGAAUACCUUAGGCUGCUGACAAACCUUUGAUUUUGAUCAUUGUUAACAGUGUUUAUCUGCCAACAUGGUACCUGAGCUCCAUAUGAUCUGUAGCCCAGUAACGCACUGCCUUAAUCUGCUGAGCUACUGGCAUUCCUUAAAACAUCAACCAGACUUCUUAUAAACCCAAGGGCACAGUGACUAUGCUUGCAACCAACUGCUGUCUUCAGCCAGUAGAGAGCAGCACAAUGGGACCAAUGCCCUUCCUCACUCUCAUGAGGAUUUUCGGCAGGGGGAGGAUCUUCCCCUUUCACCUGGCAUAGCUCUUUCCUCCAGGAAAACUCCCUUCUGCUGCUGAAAUGAAGCAUUGGUUACAACUGUUAAAGUGAUGACAUCAUAUACCAAUAACAUGUAGUUACGAAAUACCAUUAGGAAAUUCAGGCUAUCUAACUCCCACUGACAUCAUAAAUAACUCAGGUGGUAAUGUUAAGUAUUAAAGUUCCAAAAAGAAGACCUGGGUCUAAUUUUAUUUCAAAAUUAGUUGAUAUAUCUAAUUAGUAGCACAGAUCCUAAUCCAAUAGGUUGUAUAUCAUGUGACACUUUUUAAAGAAACAUCCAACUGUCCUCGAACGGCGCCAGUUAAACAGGGACACAUCCACGUGUCCUGAUGCAGGGUCUCAACCUGAAACAUCAGUUCCUUUCCUCCCACAGAUGCCACUCAAGCCGCUGAGUUCUUCCAACAGAUUGUUUGUUGCUCCAGAUUCCAGCGUCUGUAGUCUUUUGUGUCUCCACACAUCCACUUUGGAUGUGUGCAGUGUUCACAGGAUGAGUUCCUCGCGAGCAGUGAGGGCACUUACUGCCUCGGAGCUGAGGUGGCAACAAAGAGACAACCAUGUUGGUGGUCUGGGGUGAUGUGGAGGCCAGACUGGUAGCACAGUUCCUUCAGAAACAGUUGCAUUUACUACUUCAUGUUCCGGAUUUAUUUAAUUACAGGGGGUCCUGGAUUUUGUAAGGGUUCCAUUCCUGGGAACUGUCCGUGAACGGAAUUUUCCAUUUGUUGGAAAUGAACAAUUUCCCCCAAAAUGGUAAUGUGAAAUAUAGGGACUUGUAAAGAGUAGACUGGGGAAGGUCAGCAUAGGUGAUAGGAGCCGUUCCCAGCAAGCAAACUGUGAAACAUGUUGCCUCCCCCCACCUCAUCUCUGUUCCCCUCUCCUGGUUCCAACCAUCCACUACACACAGUUCACCCACAGGUUUCCACCCCCACGCUCCCCCAUCUGGUUCCAUUUACCAUACACCUCUCUCCUAAUGGUUCCCAUUGCCAUCUCCUUAUCAGAGAAUAGCACUGGUAACCUUUGUGUUCCUGCUUAUCUCCCUCUAGCAACUGUCUCCAAUCUCCACUGCCCUCCCCUUCCCCCACCUCUCCAUCUGCCUCCCAGUUUCCUCUGUCUGCCUCCAUCUAUCAUUCACCUGCCAUUGUCCUUCAAGUCCACCACCCUCCCCUCCUCUACUUGGCAGCAGCUGUCUGUCAUCUUACACCCCUCCUCAGUCCACCAAUCACCUCAGGCUCCUGUAGCACCACUCCCCUUCUCCCCUUUGUACUGCCCAUCUCCAUUCUCAGUCCUGAUGCAGAGUUUUGACCGGAAACAUCGACAAUUCCUACCCCCGCCCACAGAUGCUGCUCAACCCACCGAUCUUCUCCAGCAGUUGCUCCAGGUUUCAGCAUCUGCAGUCUCUUGUGUCUCCAAUGUGACAUAUUUGUCUGAAUGCAGCUCAGGGGGAGCUGAUCUGCUAAUCAGGGAGAAAACUAUCAGCAGGUUAGUAUAGAAAGUGUGUACUAACAAGAGGUGGCUUGGGGUUUGUAAGGACUGACCUUACCUGAGGGGGGGUGGGGGGGGAGUUUGGCAAAGGCAUUGGUUUUCUCUAUGGGUGAUCUCUACAUUGUGUCCUGGUGAAGAGUACUGUACCCAAGCACAGAAUCUGGGAGAAUUUGGUCAGGUCUUCCGAAACUCAGGGGCCUGCUAUACUUGAACUCAAAUCUCUGGACUCUGGCCACAAGUCUAGUAGCCUAACCAUUGUGGUACAAUGCCACAGUUUGUGGUGUAGAUAAAGAGGGGGAUUGGCCUUGGGCUACAGCAUGAUAUAGAUCAGGUGGAAAAUUGAUUGGAGCAGUGAUAGAUAGAAUUUAAUUGUGACAAGUGCAAAGUGAGGCAAUUUGGAAGGAUAUGUACAGUAAAUGGUAGGGCCUUGGGGAGUGUGGAGGAACAGAGGGACCUUGGUGUACAAGUCCAUAGAUCCAUGAAAGUGGCACCACAGGAGAGACAGGGUGGUGAAGCAGGCAUGUGGGAUGCUUGCUUUCGUCAGCCAUGGCAUAAUAUAUAAGAGCAGGGACAUGAUAACGUUAUAAGAACACUGGUUAGGCCACACCUAGAGUAGUGUGUGCAGGUCUGGUCAUCAUACUACAGGAAGGAAGUGAUUCUACUGGAGAGAGCCCAGAGGAGAUUCCCCAGGAUGUUGCCUGGAUUGGAACAUUUCAUUUAUAAGGAGUGAUUGGGUAAGGCUUGGUUUGUUUUCCCUGGAGCAGAGGAGGCUGAGGGGUGACUGGAUAGAUAUAUAAAAUUAUGAAAGGGGUAGAUAGUAAGGAUUUUUUUUCCUUUGGUGGAGGCAUCUAAAACAAGCAGGCAGGCGUAAUGUAGGAAUUUUAGCAGAGAUCUGGGGUGAGUAUUUUCACAUAGUGUUGGAAUCUGGAAGGCACUGCCUGAGGGGGUGGUGGAGGCAGGGACUCAGCAUUUAUCUAGAUAAGAACUUGAAUCACCAAGGUCGUGGAUCAAAAAGAACUUAGAACAGUACAGCAUAAGGACCUUUGGCCCACAAUGUCUGCGCUGAACAUGAUGUCAAAUUGAACUACUCGCAUCUGCCUGCAUGUGAUCCAUAUCCCUCCAUUUCUUGCAUAUUCAUGUGUCUAUCUAAAAUCCUCUUUGACUGCACCUCUGUCAUACCUGCUUCCACCACCACCCAUGGCAGUGUUCCAGGCACCCUCUACUCUCUCUAUAAAAAAAAACUUGCCUUGCAAAUCUUUAUACUUACCCUGUCUCACCUUAAAGCUAUGCCCUCUAGUAUUUGACAUUUCCACCCUAUCUAUCCCUCUCAUAAUCUUAUAAACUUCUAUCAGGUCUCCCCUCAGCCUCUGCCAUUCCAGAGAAAACAACUCAAGUCUGUCCAAUCUCUCCUUAUAGCUCAUACCCUCUAAUCCAGGCAGCAUCCUGGUAAACCUCUUCUGCACCCUUUCCAAAGCCUCCACACCCUUGCCGUAACAGGACGAGCAGAACUGAGCACAAUACUCCAAGUGCAGCUCUACCAAAGUUUUAUACAGCUUCAAAUGUGGGUAAAUGGGACGAGCGUAGGUAAGUAGAAAGGUCAGUGUGCGCAUGUUUCAGCACACCUCUAUGACACUGUAAGCCAGUGGCUGACAGGGUGUGGCAGAGGUUAUAGCAUCCUGGUCGUCCCCACCACAUCCCCACCUCCUCUCAUUCACCAGAUUUAAUGGAAGUUGUUCAGUUCUGUGCAGAGAAAGCACAAUGCUGGCGAACACAGCAAUUAUCUGUGCUGGAUCUUAAAUGUGUCCACUUACAGCUGCAACAGCUGUUUAGUUCCCCAAUAGAAGCAGGUGAGACCAUCAGUAUUUUUAAGUAAUUAAUUUCCACUUUAGUUCUUUAAACUCAGGAGUGUUUAGAAGGUGUGUGUUACUGGCUGGAGGGAAAUCAGCCAAGUGAACUGGAAGAAAUGAUGUAGGAACUGAGCUGAGCAGAUCAGUUCUCUGAGUUGCAGAAACGGGGCAUCUACCUGCACCCUGCCGCCAGGUAAGUGAAAGGAUGUGUGUGCUGGUCACUGAAGACCCUAUUUCUGCUCUCCCAUCGUUUCAUUCCUGAUCUAAAUUUUUUAAAAUUUAUUAUUUACACUUUCUCUCUUCAGAACUGCCAAAUCUACCAGCCGUCUUUCUAAUGCCACAUUAUCACCACAGGUAGGAGUGGUAGAUCUGGGAAGGAUUGUAGUCAGGUUCACUGCAGUGUUCCACUGCUGGAACUGUUGGUUCCAGUCAGUGACAGAGAGUCUGGAGCAGGUAGGAGAGCGAUGCAAGACAAUGCUUCACAUGGUGAAGGGAAGCCCAGUGGGAAACCAGGAAACAGAAGCUCUUCAUUUGGUUUCCACUUCCCUGGGUCAGUCUUGUCCACAGUCACAACCAAUGUUCAGGCAUAAACAUUGAAGGGAUCUGAUCCCCUCCCUCUUUGUAAAGUAAAAGCUGUGCUUAGGUUGGACUACAGGAAAUGGGCAGCAACAUGGACAGAUCCUGGCCCAUUACCUGGGCUCACUGAACCUGCAAAUGUCAGUGUGUUGGAGGAAUCUGCAGCUUCUGGCAAUUCCAACAGAUGUGCACAGAGCCACACGUAAUGUGGUCACAAUUAAUGACACUUCUCUGUUCAUCAUUUCUUUAUAAGAGUUUUGUACUAAUUGUAGUGCUUGUGUAAAUUACCUUAAUCUUUUUGUAUGAUUCCCUCCCUGUGAUUGGAUGUUGUUCAGAUUCCAAGACUACAAUCAAUUAAAAUAAACUCUUGUUUACUC